AUGUACGAUCCUGUUGCGAGGGUAGCCUCCAACGCCUUGGUGUCAGCUACAUUGCAGCACCGUGUUGACACCACAGUUCCCAUUGAGGACACCAUGGGAGAGCUCAAAAAGCUGGUCCAAGAGGGAAAAAUAAGGUUCAUAGGAUUGUCGGAAGCCAGCCCUGAGACAAUUAGGAGGGCACAUGCUGUUCAUCCCAUCACUGCUGUGCAAAUGGAGUGGUCUCUUUGCACUCGUGAAAUUGAGCAAGAUAUUGUUCCACUUUGCAGGUACUUCUCCAAGAUGUCGCUGAUGGAGCUUGGAAUUGGAAUAGUGCCAUACAGUCCCCUUGGCCGUGGAUUUUUUGGAGGCAAGGCUGUCAUAGAAACUAUACCUGCAAACGGUUUUCUGGCAAUGCAACCAAGGUUACAAGGGGAGAACUUAGACAAGAACAAAAUCUUAUAUUCUAGGAUUAAAAAGUUGGCAGAGAAGCAUGGAUGUACAUCUUCACAGCUUGCUCUCGCAUGGAUUCUUGGUCAAGGAGAUGAUGUGGUACCCAUCCCCGGAACAACUAAGAUAAAAAAUCUUGAUAGCAAUAUUGGUUCAUUGGAAGUGAAGCUGGGCAAAAAUGAUUUAAAGGAGAUAACAGCUGUACCAAUUUCUGAGGUGGCAAGGGAUCGGAUGGAUGGAUUUGUUAGAUGUGGCGCGCUCAAGGAGUUAGGUUCACCAACCUCGGGGCACCAGCAUUUGAAGACUAUUAGAAAGAAGAAAGAGAGUAAGUUGGAUUAUUGGUGGAGGAACACAAAAAUGGCAGAUAUUCCUCGAGUGAAGCUUGGAAGCCAAGGCCUGGAGGUUUCUAAGUUAGGAUUUGGGUGUAUGGGCCUUAGUGGAGUGUACAAUGAUCCUGUUCCUGAAUAUGUUGGCAUCUCUUUGAUCAAACACGCGUUCAACAAAGGGAUCACUUUCUUUGAUACUUCAGAUGUUUAUGGAGCACAUGCCAAUGAAGUUUUGGUCGGAAAGGCGCUCAGGGACUUGCCUCGAGAUAAAAUUCAGAUUGCCACAAAGUUUGGGAUCGUCAAAAUAGUUUCUAAUAAUGUGGAAGUGAACGGUUCCCCUGAAUAUGUACGAUCCUGUUGCGAGGGUAGCCUCCAACGCCUUGGUGUCAGCUACAUUGAUCUGUAUUAUCAGCACCGUGUUGACACCACAGUUCCCAUUGAGGACACCAUGGGAGAGCUCAAAAAGCUGGUCCAAGUGGGAAAGAUAAAGUUCAUAGGAUUGUCGGAAGCCAGCCCUGAGACAAUUAGGAGGGCACAUGCAGUUCAUCCCAUCACUGCUGUGCAAAUGGAGUGGUCUCUUUGGACUCGUGAAAUUGAGCAAGAUAUUGUUCCACUUUGCAGGGAGCUUGGAAUUGGAAUAGUGCCAUACAGUCCCCUUGGCCGUGGAUUUUUUGGAGGCAAAGCUGUCAUAGAAACUAUACCUGCAAACGGUUUUCUGGCAAUGCAACCAAGGUUACAAGGGGAGAACUUAGACAAGAACAAAAUCUUAUAUUCUAGGAUUGAAAAGUUGGCAGAGAAGCAUGGAUGUACAUCUUCACAACUUGCUCUAGCAUGGAUUCUUGGUCAAGGAGAUGAUGUGGUACCCAUCCCCGGAACAACUAGGAUAAAAAAUCUUGAUAGCAAUAUUGGUUCAUUGGAAGUGAAGCUGGGAAAAGAUGAUUUAAAGGAGAUAACAGAUGCUGUACCAAUUUCUGAGGUGGCAGGGGAUCGGACUAUCGAAACAUUUGUUAGAUGUUCAUGGAAGUUUGCUAAUACCCCACCCAAAGCAUAA